AUGAAAAUCAUCAUUGUCGGCGGCGGUAUCGCAGGCACAUCGCUCUAUCUACACCUCCUCCAACACCUCCCUGUCCCUCCAGCCCCUUAUCCACCCCAUGAACUCCUCAUAUACGAAUCCCACAACCCCCAACCCAAAGCCUCUAGCUCUUCCUCUCCCAACGCCUCCUCCUCAUCUCCCGCACCCGAGCCUUCAGCAAAACCAAACCUCACUCCCUCAACCACAACCAUUGGGGGCGGUCUCGCGCUCGCUCCAAACGGCAUGCGGGUCCUCGCCCGCCUCUCGCCCUCACUCCACACCGCAGUCCUAGCGCAAGGUUUCGCCAACGAGCGCUUCGUCUUCCGCGCGGCGCGGGGAUGGCGGCUUAGCAGCAUGCCGUGCACGGACGUGCGCGUACCAGGAGAGGCUUGCGUGAGCAUGAGUCGGAUGGGGCUGUGGGAGGUUUUGAGGGGGUUUGUGGAGGCGAGUGGAGAGGGGAAAGGGGUGAUCCGGUACAAGAAGGUUGUAGAGGUAGACCAAGGGGAGGAUGGGAGGCCGGCCGUCAAGUUUGGCGAUGGGGAGGUGGAGGAGGCGGAUUUGGUGGUGGGGGCGGAUGGAGUGAGGAGUGUCGUUAAGAAAGGGGUUUUUGGGGAGGGGUUUGAGCCGGUUUAUAUGAACCAAGCUGGUGUAGGCGGUUUCGUCAAGGGCCGGCUACCGGAUGAAGUGAAAAAGGAGAAAGGUAUGAUUUUUACAUUCGGUGGUAAUGGCUUCUUCGGGUACGGGAGUAGUGCACCAGAAGAAGAAGAGAGUCUGAUGUGGUGGUCAACCUAUCACACCCCAUCACUUCCUACCUCAAAUGACCUAUCCAUCCCAACUAUCACUGCAGAGCUCCGUAAACGCCACGCCGCCUGGAAAGACCCCGUAAUCCAGAACAUCAUCUCCUCUGUUGCCGGCUCUGUCUCCUCCAUCUAUCCCACAUGGACCACUCCGUCUCUGCCUCACUGGGGCCGUGGUGGACUCAUAUUGAUAGGAGAUGCCGCACACGCGCUACAGCCGACUAGUGGACAGGGCGCGAGCCAAUGCUUGGAGGACGGACUUGCAUUGUCUCUCACUCUCUCGCACUAUCUUAGUAAGGUCUAUAACGAGACUAAUGAAUCUGAACAAAGUGGAAGUGUGGUCGACCUCCAAGCUGCUAUCGACGCCACAGCCUCCGUUCUCUACGCCAUCCGUGAGCCACGUGUGCGGAAGAUCUCAGAAGCGGCGAAGAAGAUGGAUCGCGGGAAGGGUGAUAUCGGGUUUUUUGGGGAGAUGAUCAUGUGUGGGUUUAUGUGGUUGUUUGGAAAGGUACCUUGGAUUGGUGAGUUGCGCGUUCUAUCUUCUUUUCUUUUGCUCCUACGUUUAAGAUUCGUGACGAUAGCUGGCUAA